AUGGAACGCUAUGACGUGUGGACUCUACAAGAUGAGAUCUUCUAUGUGGAAGAUCUGACGGAUAUCAAAGUUGAGGUGAAAGAAGAAGUAGAAGAGACGUAUGGGACAGUUACUAAUGAAGACCUAAUGUGCAGGACGAGAAACCCUGUUCGAGAGAGAUACGGGGGGCCGCCAUGGCUGGACCUCUUGCUGGUAAUAGCAGUCGUCAGGCCGAGUCCCUGGCUGGAGGACUUUGAGUCCCAACACCUUGAACAAGCCUGUAAAGUUUGGAGGGGGAGGGUCCAUGGACGGCACGUCGGGAAGAUCUCAGAGGAACGUCUCACGUUGUCUCCAGAAGAUGAGGACAUCACACAGUAUAGUCCAGGAGAAGACCAUAAUGUCCAUCAGUUGCCCCGCAGUGUGGAUGGACCAUCAUAUUCCUCUAAUCCUGAGGACUCUCAGACUGGGAGGGGCGGGGCCAUCCUCCCAACAGAUAAGAGGUUUCCCUGUGCUGAGUGCGGGAAACAUUUUCAUUCUAAAUCCUAUCUCACUGUACACAAAAGAUCUCACACGGGGGAGAAGCCGUAUUCAUGUCCUGAGUGCGGGAAAAGUUUUGUACGUAAAUCGGUUCUCAUUGAACAUCAGAGGUCUCACACGGGGGAGAAACCAUAUGCCUGUCCUGUGUGUGGGAAAGGUUUUUCACGUAAGGCAGUUCUCACGGAACACCAACGAUCUCACACGGGCGAGAAGCCGUAUUCCUGCUCAGAGUGCGGGAAAUGUUUCUCACAGAAGUCCUAUCUUUCCAUACACCAGAGAUCUCACACAGGGGAGAAGCCGUAUUCCUGCACUGAGUGCGGGAAAAGCUUUAUACAGCGACAACACCUUGCUACACAUAAAAGGGCUCACAAAAGGGAGAAGCCACAUUCCUGCCCCGAGUGCGGGAAAGGUUUUCUUGGUCGACAACAGCUCAUUAUACAUCAAAGGACUCACACAGGGGAGAAACCAUAUGCCUGUUCAGAGUGUGGGAAAUGUUUCCCUUUGAAAUUAUCGCUCAUCAAACAUCAGAGAUAUCACACAGGAGAGAGGCCAUAUUCUUGCCCUGAGUGCAGGAAAUGUUAUGUCACAAAAUCAUUAUUAAAUUUACAUCAGAAAUCUCACAGGGGCGAGAAGCCGUAUUCCUGCUUGGAGUGUGGGAAAAGUUUCUCGCAGAAGUCCUAUCUUCACAUUCAUCAGAGAUAUCAUACAGGAGAAAAACCGUAUGCAUGCACUGUGUGUGGGAAAAGUUUUGCUCAUAAACAACGUCUUACCAUACAUCAGACAUGUCACACAGGGGAGAAGCCAUAUUCCUGUAUUGAAUGCGGGAAAUGUUUUGCCACAAAUUCAGUUUUAUACGUGCAUAAAAAAUCUCACAUGGAGAAAAAGACAUAUCCCUGCUUGAAGUGCGGGAAGUGUUUUUCCAAGAAUUCCCACCUUUCCAGACAUCAGAGAUCUCACACAGGGGAGAAGCCUUAUUUUUGCCCUGAGUGCGGGAAACGUUUUGUACAUGGAGAACAGCUGGCUGAACAUCAAAGGUCUCACACAGGGGAGAAGCCGUAUUCUUGCCCAGAAUGCGGGAAAUGUUUUAUACGUCGACAACAUCUUACUAGGCAUCAGAUAUCUCACACAGGGGAGAAGCCGUAUGCUUGCAAUAAGUGCGAGAAAUGUUUCUCACGGAAACCACAGCUUGUUGUACAUGAAAGAUCUCACACAGGGGAAAAGCCGUAUUCCUGCCCUGAGUGUGGAAAAGGUUAUCCACAGAAAUCAGAGCUGGUUAUACAUCAAAGAUUUCACACAGGAGAGAGGCCGUAUUUGUGCGAAGAGUGUGGGAAAAGUUUUUCAGUGGUGGGUCAUCUGCACACUCAUCGGAGGACUCACACGGGUGAGAAACCGUAUUCCUGCCCUGAGUGUGGGAAACGCUUUUCACAGAAGUCCCACCUUACCAAACAUCAGACAUGUCACAUAAACCUCGAGGUGUAUUAG